UGUUCCCAGGACCUGUCCUGAUCAUUUUACUGCCAGACUUCGAACGAAGAGUUUUAUCUCAAUUUUAUCCGUUCUAAAUCAUCUUCUCUGCUGGAUUAAUAUAUUAUUGAUUGUGACAUUAACACACAUAGGAAAGAUUUUAAUUCAAUAUUCUGUGUAAUUUUUAGCGCAAACGUUUAUCGUCUGCUAAGAUGUUGCUGAAAAAGAAAGGCACCAAACGACAAAGUUUCUCAGUUGAGAGCUUGGCGAUAAGUAGUCACGAGGAACAGGAACGCGAUACAGACUCCCCGUAUCUGUGUUAUUUGGAACAAAGAAAAUCAUCUGCUGCUAUUGACUACAAUUCAAAUAAUGUUCCACAACAGUGGAAUUACAGUGCACGUGAAAAUGGACUACUUGUAAAUGACUUUGGGCCAUCGGUGCCGGAGAAUGUAUUAAGGAAUUCAUUUGAAAGACACCCGACACCGUUUUCUUCCAGUACUCGUCUGCCUAGUCAUUCAACGCCGAUAAUGCCGUCACCCAAACGCCGACGUUUAGAUUCAACGUGCACGCCGCCGUCUUCAGAUGAGUCUAGCGCCGACGACAGGAUGUUGAUCGACAACAGUAGCGUUCUUGCUGAUGAAGAUAAACAAAGCCCUGCAUCUACCUCUACCACUUCAGCAUCAGAUGCAGACAAUGAAAGCACGUGCAGUGAGGAAAUGUCUCGAGGUCGGAAGAAGGCUCGAACAGCGUUUAAUGGUGAGCAACUGAAAGAACUUGAGAAAAGAUACAAGUCUCAAAAAUACCUUACAGCCAGUGACAGAACUAAUAUUGCCAGAAGCUUGAAACUGAGGGAGCAACAAGUAAAAACAUGGUUCCAAAAUCGCCGUAUGAAAGAGAAGCGCCAGCAACGUGAAGAGGAACAGUCACGUGGUUUCUGUUUGCCGACAGGUGGUGUAGAUGUGUCACAAUUAGCGGCGUUUGGUAUUUGCCCGCCACCAUACCAGCUAAGUUCUCCAAGUCCCAACAGCCAGGCGUACAGUAGACUACCAUCCCCUAUUGACAUGAGAAUAUCCUCCGUACCGCAAGCACCUUCACCGAACGGAAACACAGUCAGACAACACCAACUCUUGCCAAACACUCCGUAUUCGACCGGAAUGGAUCAUGGGAUGUUACAAAAGUUACAUGCAACUGGUGACCUUCAAAAUGUACUGCGGAAUGAAAAUUCUUAUGAUAAACUCACUUCAUUUGUUAGCACACAAGGGCUUCAUGUACCAAUGGCGCUAUAUCCGGGAAGACACAGUUUACCAAAUACGGGGCUUUCGCCAAAUCCUGCCAGUUAUCAUUAUGUUAAUCAUGCAAGAUAGCCUUUUACCGCGCUGUUCAAAAUGUAGCUAUGAAUAUACGUUGACUACGUACAUCUGGGAAAAGAUUUUAUGUCGCAAUAACAUGUAGUGCUAAUUUCACUGAAUGGAAAAUAUACAAGACACACCAUUGACUCACCAUGAAUAUACAAAGAAACGCUUUAGGUAUAUAACAUGAUUCAAUAUAAAGUUUUUAUCAAACGAAACAUUUUUAUGCUUUUACAGUUUCUAAUGUGAUCAAUGGACAUUGAUAUUGUUAUGUUGUGCAUUUAUAAAGUUUGAAUACUUGCAGACUUGCUCAAAUUAGAUAAUGUUUAAAGUGUUGAGUUGUAAAUAUAUUGAAUUGAAUUAUAUAUAUGAAGUAUUUAUAUUUUGAAUGUCUUAAUUUAUAUGCAUUGAAAAGAAGUAUAA